GUCAGUGCGCGCGUGCGUGCGCGUGUGUGUGUGUGGCACCUCACGUGCGCUCGGACCCAGGACUCGGCUGAAAUCCAACCUAAGGGGCCGUAAUGCGGUGCGGCGCCCAAGAGAGCUUCGCCUGCUCGCCAUCUGCACCAUCUCCUAGAAGAGGCACGAGCGCAGCGCCAUGAAGGACCUGGACAUCAUUGAGUUCGGUGCCAUCGUGGAGCGCGGCGAGCUGGACGUGACCCGCGUGGUGGAGAAGAAGCCGCGCGCGGAGCUCCCAGCAGCGCAGCCCGCGGACAGCGACAGGGACGGGGACAGGGAGAAGGUGGAGCGCGAGGACAGGGAGGAGGAGGACGAGCAGGAUGAGGAUCAUGAAGAGGAAGAGGGGGGCGACGACGGCAAUGAGAACAUGAGGAAGAAGACGAGGAAGAAGAGGAAGAUGAUGAAGGUGUCCCUCACCAAGGACUACCCCAAGAAGAACGCCGAGAUGCUGAGCGGCCAGUACGGCACGAACUUGCUGCUCGUCGGGGUCGCGCUCAUGCUCGCCGCCGCGCACGACGACGCGCUCGUGCGCGAGGAGCAUCUGCUCUCCUUCAUCACGGCGCUCAUGCUGCUGCAGCUCUUCUGGAUGCUGUGGUACGUGGUGAGGAGGGGCCGCAUGAGGCACGCGCGCCCGCAGCGGGACAAGGACGCGGGGACCAGCUGGAUCCGAGGAGGACUAACCCUUCUAGCCCUGCUCUCUCUGAUCAUGGACGCGUUCCGCAUCGGCUUCUACGUGGGAGACGAGAGCUGCCUUUCCAUUGCCCUCGCCGUAUAUCCUGUGAUUCACGCUGUUCACACCAUCUCCCAGGUGCAUUUCCUUUGGUUUUACAUCAAGGAUGUGAUCAAGACCUUUGAGACUUUUGAAAGGUUCGGGGUCAUCCAUGCUGUGUUCACCAACCUGCUGCUGUGGUGCAACGGCAUUAUGACGGAGGCCCAUCACUUCAUGAACAACCAGAGGCGGAGACUCACAGAGCUGGGAUACCUCAACGUCACCACAAGUAGCCAUGAGCCUCACUGCAACUGCACCAGCAGUAUCUGCACCAUAUUCUUGAACAGCCUGUACUACCUCUACCCGUUCAACAUCGAGUACCACAUUCUGGUCUCUGCCAUGCUCUUUGUCAUGUGGAAGAACAUCGGCCGCACCAUCAAUUAUCACGGGAGCCGGAAGGCCGCUUCCAACUGGCUCACGAGCGCCAUAGUGGGUCCCAUUCUGGGGCUCAUCGCCGUGGCCGCCACCAUCGCCGUCCUGGUCGUCUACAUCAUCCUCGUGGAGGACUCCCGGGAUACCCACGAGUCGGCCAUAUACAUCUUUUACUGCUACGGCAUCGUGAUGCUGGCGUUCAUGUGCGUGGCGGGUGGGGCGGGGCUGCUGCUGUACCGCGUCGACCGCCGGCCUUUUGACUCCACGAAGCACCCGUCGCGGCGGCUGGACACGGAGCUGCUCUUCAGCUCCUCGGUGGGGGCUUGGCUCAUGUCCUGGUGCAGCGUGGUGGCGGUAGCAGCUGCCCACAGCUCCCCCAGCUACCGCUGGACCAACAUCCUGUACUCGCUGCUGCUGGUGCUGGAGAAGUAUGUGCAGAACAUCUUCAUCAUUGAGUCGCUGUACCGCGAGCCAGACCCUGCCGACGGCGUGGAAGCGCCCCCCCCGGCUACCCCUGAGGUUUUCUCCGUGGCGAUCGACGCCCCGCCCUACAGCGGCAUCGUCAACCGGGCCUACGAGAACCAGGAGUCUGGGUGUCCCUCUCCAGAGGGUGGGCAGGAGGAGAACGGCCAGGGGUUCAGCUGUGCUAAGAGACAAGCCGAGGCGUCGCAGCCCCCGGCGCAGGCCCCACCUCCGGCCAAAGCAUCCCCUCACGCUCGCUCGCUCAAGUGGAGGCGCCAGGUUCUGAAGAACAUCUCCAUUUUCCUGCUCCUGUGCAACAUGUCUCUCUGGAUCCUGCCGGCGUUCGGCUGCCGACCCCAGUAUGACAAUGAGCUGGAGCAGGAGACGUUCGGCUUCACCACGUGGAACACCGUGCUGAACUUCGCUAUGCCGCUGAACCUCUUCUACCGCAUGCAUUCCUCGGCUCUGCUCUUCGAAGUCUUCCGCAGGGUGUGAGGACAAGGGCCGCGGGAGCGCAGCGGCGACACGCAACCUUGCACGUGUACUGGGAGAACAUCUGGAGGAAAGGCCGAGGUGCAAUCAGGGCACCGAAUCUGGUGCUGGGUGACAACGG